CCUAUUUACAGCACACAGCCUGGGGCCCAAAUACAACUCUCAGAGGCGUCUGAGGCCCCUCUGGUUAUCUCUUUGCUGCACUAACAUAAAUACUAGUUUCUCUGCGCACUUGAUUGAGACAACAAAAAUUUCCAUGGCUCCCCCUUUCUGGUGGAGUGUAUGUUCCAAGAGAGGCACACUAGGGAAUUGGGGCCGAGGAGUGGAACUCAAAAUCGGAGUGAGUUUGCGGGAUGGGGUGGGUCUCAUAUUGGGCCAACCUGCUUCCCUGCGGGUCCCCGGGGCGGGGCAACAGAAGGGGGAGAGCUUCCGAAGGACCCCGCCGCCGACAUCCCGCUCCCCGCCCUUCCUCCCGCCGCCGAGAAGGCCAACUCCGCCUGCUUGAGUCACCGCUGGAGCUGGGGAGGGGCCGGGGAGAGGCCGCGCCAGCCCAGAGCGCAGCCGGCGGCCGCAGGGAGAGCAAGCCGGGUGAUCUGAGAUCAUGGGGGAGAGCGCGCUGGAGCCAGGGCCGGUCCACGGAGCGCCCGCGGGAGGCCCAGUGCACGCCGUGACGGUGGUGACCCUGCUGGAGAAGCUGGCUACGAUGCUGGAGGCGCUGCGAGAGCGGCAGGGGGGCCUGGCGCAGAGACAGGGAGGCCUGGCUGGCUCAGUGCGCCGAAUCCAGAGCGGCCUGGGCGCGCUGAGCCGCAGCCACGACACCACGAGCAACACGCUGGUGCAGCUGCUGGCCAAGGCGGAGCGCGUGGGCUCGCACGCCGAUGCUGCUCAGGAGCGCGCCGUGCGCCGCGCCGCCCAGGUGCAGCGGCUGGAAGCCAACCACGGGCUGCUGGUGGCGCGCGGGAAGCUCCACGUCCUGCUCUUCAAGGAGGAAGCUGAGAUCCCACCCAGAGCUUUCCAGAGGGACCCGGAGCCCCUAGAGCCCGUGGACCAGUCCGAGCCCAACCCAGAACAGCCGGAGGUGGAAGUUGGGGAGAGCUCGGACGAGGAGCCAGUGGAGUCCAGGGCGCGGCGGCUGCGGCGCACUGGGUUGGAGAAGGUGCAGAGCCUGCGAAGGGCCCUUUCAAGCCGCAAAGGCCCAUCAACACCCACGCCUGUCAAGCCACCUCGCCUUGGGUCUGGCCAGAGCGUUGAUGGCCUGCCGGAAGAAGCCAGGCCAGCCCUGGAGUCCAAGCUGGAGCCAGAACCUCCUCCGGACACCGAGGAAGAUCCCGGGAGACCUGGGGCUGCCGACUUGGCUGUGCUCCAAAUAGAGAGUGCGGCCUGAUGGCCGCUGCUGCUUCUCUCUCCUGUGCCUAUGCUUAGUCCCAAAAUAAAUCUUCCUCUCAGAAUUCAACAUUCACGCCCAAAUAAGGAGAGAAUUCUGCACCCACAGCCCAGCUCUGGCCCUCCCUUCUGGGCUCCUUCAGCAUAGCACCCUGUGUCCUAGGAGCAGCCACUCACACCUGCUUGCGCUCACCAUCAAUAAAAGUAAUGUCACCUAA